AUGCCGCAGGGCCCAGAGACCCCGGUGCAAGUGUGGGUGGGCAGCCAACUCUUCCAGGCAGACCGGGCCCUGCUAGUGGAGCACUGCGGCUUCUUCAGCGGCCUCUUCCGCUCGGGCAUGCGGGAGGCGCGCGCCGCCGAGGUGCACCUGGGCGCGCUGAGCCCCGACGGCUUCCGCACCACGCUGCGGGUGCUGCGCGGUGAGCGUCCAGCGCUGGCGGCUGCCGAGGAGCUGCUGCAGGCCGUGGAGUGCGCCGCCUUCCUGCAGGCGCCGGCGCUGGCGCGCUUCCUAGAGCACAGCCUCACGUCGGAGAACUGCGCGCUGCUGUGCGACGCGGCCGCAGCCUUCGGCCUGCACGACGUCUUCCACAGCGCCGCGCUCUUCAUCCGCGACGGCGCCCACGAGCUGGCGGCCGAGCUGGCGCUGCCCGAGGCCCGCACCUACGUGGCGGCGCUGCGGCCCAGCAGCUACGUGGCCGUCAGCACACAUGCGCCGGCGCCCGGCUUCCUGGAGGACCCUUCGCGCACCAUGUGCUACCUGGAUGAGGAGGAGGACACCUGGCGCACGCUGGCCGCGCUGCCCCUGGAGGCCAGCACGCUCCUGGCCGGCGUGGCCACGCUGGGCAACAAGCUCUAUAUUGUGGGGGGUGUGCGGGGCCCCAACAAGGAGGUGGUGGACUUGGGCUUCUGCUACGACCCCGACGGCGGAACGUGGCGCGAGUUCCCCAGCCCCCACCAGCCGCGCUACGACACGGCACUGGCCGGCUUCGAGGGCCACCUCUAUGCCAUCGGGGGUGAGUUCCAGAGGACAGCCAUGAGCUCGGUGGAGCGCUACGACCCGGCCUCGGGAUGCUGGAGCUUCAUGGCCGACUUGCCGCAGCCAGCUGCCGGGGUACCCUGCGCACACGCCCGCGGCCGCCUCUUCGUGUGUCUGUGGCAGCCGGCAGACACGACGGCCGUAGUGGAGUACACUGUGCGGGCUGAUGAGUGGCUGCCCGUGGCCGAGCUGCGGCGCCCGCAGAGCUAUGGCCACUGCAUGGUGGCCCACCGCGACAGCCUCUACGUGGUGCGUAACGGACCUAAGGAUGACUUCCUGCACUGCGCCAUCGACUGCCUCAACCUAGCCACGGGCCAGUGGACAGCGCUGCCCGGUCAGUUCGUCAACAGCAAAGGCGCGCUCUUCACUGCCGUGGUGCGCGGCGACACCGUCUAUACGGUCAACCGCGUGUUCACCCUGCUCUAUGCCAUCGAGGGCGGCUCCUGGCGGCUGCUUAGGGAGAAGGCCGGCUUCCCACGGCCCGGUUCCUUGCAGACCUUUCUCCUGAGGCUGCCUCCCGGUGCCCGGGGGCCUGUGGCCUCGACAACACCAGAACUGUGA